GUGGUCAUCUUCCUCCCCUAUUCAGCACCUGUAUUACCGCAGUCAUGAUAUCGGGCUUCUUCAUCUUCAACCAAAAGGGCGAGGUGCUCAUCUCUCGAUUAUAUCGCACAGAUCUCAAGCGAUCUGUAGCGGACGUCUUUCGCGUACAGGUAGUGUCGAACACUGACGUCCGAUCACCGAUUAUCACCCUUGGAUCAACAUCGUUCUUUCAUGUACGGGUCGCUAACGUAUAUGUCCUGGCGGUUACCAAAUGCAAUACAAAUGCUGCACUUGUGUUUGAGUUUAUCUACCGGUUCAUCUCAAUUGCAAAGUCCUACUUUGGCAAGCUCGACGAAGAGGCAGUCAAGAACAACUUCGUAAUGAUCUACGAGCUGAUUGAUGAGAUUCUAGACUUUGGAUAUCCACAAAAUAGCGAGAUUGAAACUCUGAAGCACUACAUUACUUCGGAGAGCGUGAGGUCUGAGACCGCACUGAGAGACGACUCCAAAAUUGCUGCACAGACGACAGGGUCCACAUCAUGGCGGCGAACAGGCAUUCGAUACAAGAAAAAUGAGGCGUUUGUGGAUGUUGUCGAAGUGGUUCACUUGUUGAUGAGUGCGAGCGGGACCGUACUUAGAGCAGACGUGACCGGACAGGUGCUCAUGCGUGCCUACCUGACUGGCAUGCCGGAAUGCAAGUUUGGGCUUAACGACAAGGUUGUUCUGCAGAACGCACGACGAGCAGAAGGCGAGACGUACGAAGCGGGGACAGUGGAGCUCGAGGAUGCGCAGUUCCACCAAUGUGUGCGAUUGAACAUGUUCGACACCGACCGCAGCAUCACGUUCAUCCCGCCAGAUGGCGAGUUCGAACUGAUGCGGUACCGUGCAGAGAGCAGUGUACACCUUCCGCUGCGCAUACAACCCAUCGUUACGGAGGUUGGGAAAACCCACGUCGACUAUACCAUUGCGGUCAAGGCCAAUUUCAACACCAAGCUCAGCGCAACGGAGGUGGUCAUUCGAAUACCGACACCGUUGAACACGACACAGGUCGACUGUAAAAGCCCGGCCGGAAAAGCGAAGUAUGUCCCGGCCGAGAACCUCAUCCGAUGGCAAAUACCACGUAUUCAAGGAGGCAGUGAAGUGACGCUUAGCGCAACCGCUUCACUCACGCAGACCACGGACCGCAAGCCGUGGCAGCGGCCACCGAUCGAUGUCGACUUCCAAGUACUCAUGUUUACAGCUUCUGGUCUAUUAGUGCGGUACCUGAAAGUGUAUGAAAAGAGCGGAUACAACAGCGUCAAGUGGGUCCGAUAUUUGACAAAGGCGAACGGGAGUUAUCAGAUCAGGUUCUGAGGUCGGAGCUCGAUGUGUUUGUCAU